UUGUUGAGAAGUGUGUCAGUGUGGAUUGGGGUACCACAGUGAUUCAUUUCUGGUUUGGACUCGUACAAAAACCUUUGCGUGAACGACGCAGAGCUCAAAUGCCUCUCGCUGCUCAGAGUGAUUCUUUCUAAACUGCUUUGGAUUUUAAAAUACUUAAAUAGAUAGAACCAGAAACUUUUUAUGAAGACAUCAUUUAUAUUUUUCUCAAGGAAGCUGUGUUUCUGUCAUUUUUGACAUUAGACAGCCUUUCCACAUAGUGUUUAAUCCAGCAGGUAGAUUUUGUGCUGGUGUUUUCUGUCGUGUGGGGACGUACCACAGUGACACAUUUAUCAUAGUGCACUGUACAAAAACCGAUAGCCUUGUUAUUUCUGCUUUAUAACUAGAUGUAUAGAUUUAAACAUCAACAGCCUUUUGACUGAAUGGCUGGAGCAUCACAGGUUGAAUUCUUUCAGUUUUGUUGUCUCUUUUUCGUACGUUUUCGUUGCUGCAACCUGCAUGUGUUUGAAAUAGAGCGGGCACAGAACGAACAUGGCUGUUCACCCUCAACUGGAAUUACUGCUCAAAGAAAACUUAACCGGACUAAUCCAACUGGAUAUUUACGUCAUCAGUUCAUAUCGCUUCAUAAUGUGUUUUUUGGAGGUGUUGGGAUGAUUUCUGUUACGGAGGGAUAUUGUCAAAGGGCGGAAUGAAGUGCAGAUCCCCUAACCUUUGGAGAUCCCAUCACUCUCACCGUUAUACCAAAAGAUGUACCGAAUACUCCUCCGACUCUGUCCAUCCUUACCAGUGUACAGGGUGAAGGAUCAGAUAUCUGUCUGGCCGCCGGGUUUUUCCCUAAAGACAAGAAAAUGAUUCUAAAUGACGAUACUAACGCUUUGGAUACCAGCAAUGCUGCUUUGUUCGAGAACGGCCGUAACUAUUACUAUGCUGGUUUCAACAAAGCCAGUAUUCAAAAAUGCAGAAUGGAUGGAAAAGAGGCUAACAAAGCAGAAAUAGCUCCUGACAGUCCUGUGACAGCUGAACCGUCUGAGAAAAAGAGUGUUCAACUGGAUUGUCCACAAAGUGUUUCUAAUACUUCAGUUUCCACUAACACUGGUGAUCCUAAAAUGAACUCCGUGACCCUACUUAUGACAGGUCUGAGAAUUCUGCUUGCUAAAUGUGUUACAGUCAAUGUAUUGAUGUCUGUCAAGGCCAUCAUAGUUUAGAAGAUAAAUACAGCUAAAUAUGAAUUCAGCAGAUAUGAAUGUUUAUAUCGAGCCACAAUGUCAGCUUUGCAUGUCUUUUGUAAUUAAUGUUACAGAGAUCAAAAUUAUAUGUAGAUAAAAUAAAAUAUGUUUUGUAAA